CUGGAGCCCGCAGUGAAUACGCAGAAAUCAGCUGUUUUCGGAUGCUGAUAUACAUACAUGCAUAUGUGUACACUAAUCAUUUACAAGCAACAAUAGUAAGAAAAUGGACGCAGAUAGAAACAUCGAGACAUUGUUUUUAUAUUUAUGUGAAUUUAUGAGAAUUAUAUAAACUAUAUGAAGAAUAUAAAUCAAGAAAAGGACUGAGGAAGUAUAAAAUUCGCCCCAUUAAUCGAAACUGGUCCACCGGAGUAUACCAACUCCAGGUAUUCAAGCAAAUAAAAACCCUGGAACCGGAUCAGUUAUUUCUUACACAAGAAUGCCGCCGAAUGUUUUUGAGCUAUUGCUAAAACUAGUCAGCAAGUCCUUGCGGAAACCAAGGCAGCGGAUUGAUCCUGAGGAAAGGCUCUCUUUGGUGUUGUUAUACUUAUCACAAGGAGCAUCCAUGAAGAGUAUUGCGUGGAGUUACAAAUUAGGUAUAACGACAGUGCGAAAUAUAAUUCUGGAAACGUGUGAGGUGAUAUGGCAAAUGCUUUCGCCAAUAUACAUGAGCGAACCUACUGAAUCUCAAUAUAAAGAUAUUGCUGACGAUUUUUUUAAUAUGUGGAAUAUACCGAAUUGCGUUGGCGCAAUUGAUGGAAAACACAUUGCUAUUAAGUGUCCACCCAAUUCAAAUUCAAUGUUCUACAAUUACAAAAAGUUCUUUAGCAUUGUUUUGAUGGCAGUAUGUGAUGCUAAAUACACUUUACUGCAUCGGAAGUUAUGGCAGUCAUAGCGACGGAGGAAUAUUUCAAGUGUCUCCGUUUGGACAAGCACUAUUGGAUAAUACUCUUCCCUUGCCGUCACCUAAACCAUUGUCCAUUGGGUCAACUGAACGUUUUCCCAAUUUUUUUGUAGGAGAUGCUGCCUUUCUGUUAAGGAUUAAUUUAAUGCGCCCAUACCCUGGAUCGAGUUUGCCAAGAACCAAGCGAAUUUUUAAUGAUCGCCUAUCACGAGCACGUAGAGUGAUAGAAAAUAGCUUCGGUAUAUUAACGGCCCGAUGGAGGAUUCUAAGAAAUACAAUUGAAUGCAAUCCUACAAACUGCGAAAAAAUUGUGCUGGCUUGCAUAGCCUUACACAAUUUUAUUAUGCUAAACGAUUACGACCGAUGGUAUUGUCCAGACAAUUAUAUUGACCAUGUAGAAGCAGACAACGUCGUCUACCCUGGAGAUUGGCGUCGUGAAAUAAGUAAUACACGUACCUUGCAGUCCCUGAGAUCUGCAAUACGGAGAGGCCCUGCUAGCGCGUUCCACCUACGUGACAAACUUGCUGAUUACUUCGUAAAUGAAGGAUCUUUGUUAUUCCAAGAUGAUAUGGAUCUAAAUGCCCAUGGGCCAUAUUAAUAUAUAUAAAAAAGUAAAUAAUCAUAAGAACAUUUAUAUUUGUAGGAAGUAUAUUUUAAUAAAAAA